AUGGCAUCGAGGGCUGCCCCGAACUCUCUUCUCGGAGACGUGGUGCAGCCUGAAUCUCUCAGCCUCUUUUCCUCCACCUCCUCGAACCCAUUCGCACUUUGGGCGCUGCACCAAGAUCCUGACCUAGAAGAAGACUCUGGUAUACGCCUGCUCAUCGACUCGACCGACGUUACAGCACUACAUGAUGCUGGCAUUCCGGUUGAUAGCUUCAAAUUGCGAUCCGAUGAGCCCAUCAGAGGAUCUUGCUCGGAGCCAGUACUUCACAUCCAGUCCCCCUCCAUUCGAGGCACUUUCAUUCGAUCUCCUCCAAACAAGCACACGCAACUGGGCAUCAAGCUACCCUAUCUCACGUUUCAAUUCAGACCCAUUGGCAGCUUCCGACCUUUUCUUUUCGAGGUCGGCAUCAUAGACGAAAGGCACCAGCAGGCAAGGAUACGCGUCAGCAGCUUCCAGGUUGAGCCAAAGCUGUAUUUCAAGCCCGCCCAAGAUGAUCGGACGCUGAAUGCAAAUGGACAGAAUGGAGUGAAGAAAUGGGAGCAGAUCCUGCAUCUCCCUCUCACAAUGGCUGCUCAGCCAACGCAAGAACAGACUUCGUUGACCUCGUGGCAGGUGCUCACUCUUCCUCUGGAUCAAUUUGUCAAGUACUGCUCUGAUACUUGCUUGCUAGGACAUGAUGGGAAUGAACAGGGGAAAAAUUCAAAAAUGCAAAGGUUGGGGAGGUUUGAGGCUGUGUCACACGUCAAGGUUCAUGCCAAUGUGCGGUUGAGGAGGGCCUGGUGCUCGAAGCAAUUGCCUGAUCAUGAUCUUGCCGAAUUUCAGGUCUUUUCGUAG